GACAGUUUCUCAAUUUUCGUCUCAAAAAUCCUUUCUUUUAUAAAUCUCUCUUUGUCUGAAACGACUUCGUCUCCUUCUUCCACCCAUUCUUCUCUUUCUUCUUCCUCUUCAUCUCCGCCUGCAACUUCUUCAUAUACCCUCUUACUUCUUCUUCUUCUUCGCAGGUUUUGCACUUUGUGAUUCAUGAGUUAAGUCACAGAGGGAGGGAGACAAAAGCAUGUUCGACUGUGUCAAAAAAUCAGUAAAAUCACAAGUUAUCAGUGGCCAACGCGAGAAGUUCGUAAGUUUCUUUUGUUCUUCACAGGUUGGAUAGUAUGGAUUCUAGAUACUCGCAGGGCGCUGAAGCAGGUCUCAACAAAUGCACACUCAAUCUCCAAGGACCAUCACGUGCUAAUGGUGCUGGCCAAGGCAACAACAACAAUGCGUCAUCUGGUUCGUUUAAGAAAGGUUUUAGAAGAGGCUCCAAAGGGCUCUGGUCUCUAGGAAGAUCGAUCGGUCUCGGCGUUUCGCGAGCUGUGUUCCCUGAAGAUCUCAAAGUAUCUGAGAAGAAGAUAUUCGAUCCGCAGGACAAGUUUCUUUUGCUAUGCAACAAGCUCUUUGUCACUUCUUGCAUCCUCGCUGUGUCAGUGGAUCCUCUCUUCUUGUAUCUUCCGUUUAUUAAUGAUAGCGGCAAGUGUAUCGGCAUUGACCGGAGAUUGGCUACCAUUGCAACAACGCUGAGGACUUUCAUCGAUGUGUUUUAUCUUUUCCGGAUGGCUCUGCAGUUUAGGACAGCUUUUGUGGCUCCCUCUUCUAGGGUUUUUGGUCGGGGGGAGCUUGUGAUUGAUCCUGCACAGAUAGCUAAACGGUAUCUGCAGCAGUACUUCAUCGUUGACUUUCUUUCUGUGCUUCCACUUCCACAGAUUGUAGUUUGGAGAUUUCUCUACACAUCUACAGGUGGGAGUGUGUUGGAAACAAAGCAAGCGUUACGUUCCAUCAUUUUAGUUCAGUAUAUUCCGCGGUUUAUUCGGAUAUAUCCCUUAAGCAAAGAGCUCAAGAGAACAGCUGGGGUGUUUGCUGAGACAGCUUGGGCUGGUGCAGCUUAUUACUUGCUACUCUACAUGCUUGCUAGUCAUAUUGUUGGGGCGUUAUGGUACUUGCUGGCUUUAGAACGAGUCAACGGUUGCUGGAAGAAGGCUUGUCUUGUUGAUGGCCAGAACUGUACCAGAAACUUCCUGUUUUGCGGUAAUGAAAACAUGGAUGGUUACGCUGCUUGGAACACUAUCAAAGAGUCUGUUCUUCAGAAAAGCUGUCCUGUCAAUGUGACUGAUGGUGACAAUCCUCCUUUUGAUUUCGGAAUCUACUUAAGAGCCUUGUCUUCUGGCAUUGUCUCGUCUGAGAGCUUUGUUGCUAAAUACUUCUUCUGUUUGUGGUGGGGACUUCAGAAUCUCAGCACACUUGGUCAAGGGCUUGAGACGAGUACAUACCCUGGAGAGAUCAUAUUCUCCAUAGCACUAGCUGUUGCUGGGCUUCUACUCUUUGCUCUUCUCAUUGGGAACAUGCAGACUUAUCUCCAGUCACUCACAAUCCGCCUUGAGGAGAUGAGAGUGAAGAGACGUGACUCAGAGCAGUGGAUGCAUCACCGGAUGCUUCCACCAGACCUGAGAGAACGGGUCAGACGUUAUGAUCAGUACAAGUGGUUGGAGACGAAAGGAGUCGAUGAAGAGAAUCUGGUUCAGAACCUCCCAAAGGAUCUGAGAAGAGACAUCAAACGCCAUCUCUGUCUGGCUUUGGUCCGGAGGGUUCCAUUGUUUGAGAAUAUGGAAGAGAGGCUGCUUGAUGCAAUAUGCGAGAGGUUGAAGCCGUGUCUAUACACGGAGAAAUCUUACCUGGUCCGUGAAGGUGACCCUGUCAACGAGAUGCUCUUCAUUAUCCGUGGCCGGCUCGAGAGUGUGACGACAGACGGUGGGAGAAGUGGUUUCUUCAACCGUAGUUUGCUCAAAGAAGGAGACUUCUGCGGUGAAGAGCUUUUGACAUGGGCGCUUGAUCCCAAGUCCGGCUCCAACCUGCCUUCCUCCACAAGAACCGCAAAGGCUCUAACAGAAGUAGAAGCCUUCGCUUUGAUAGCUGAUGAGCUCAAGUUCGUGGCGAGCCAGUUCAGGAGACUGCACAGCAGGCAAGUUCAGCAUACUUUCAGAUUCUACUCGCAGCAAUGGAGGACUUGGGCUGCUAUUUUUAUACAAGCCGCGUGGAGACGGUACGUGAAGAAGAAGAAACUUGAGCAGCUUAAGAAGGAAGAGGAGGAAGAAGAAGAAGAAGGAGAAGGGCAUGUUGCUAGCAUUAGAGCUACGUUCUUGGCUUCUAAGUUUGCAGCGAAUGCGCUUCGUAAAGUUCACCAGAACCGUAUUGCAGCAAAGUCUACUAAAGAGCUUGUGAUUUUUCAGAAGCCUUCUGAACCUGAUUUCUCUGCUGAUGAUCCUUAAAAACAAAGAUGCUGACUAUAUUUUACAUAACUACAUAUAUAUAUAUAUACAUCUCUCUAUGAAUCCUUUUGACUCAGAUUGAAGUUUAUUUAUUUAUACUUUUCAUUUGAUUUGUAUUCCAACAUUACGAUAAGAAAAAUGUGGUAGUAUAAAUGAUCAUCUUAGUUUGUUGAA